CCACUCACAUCGACAAUUAUGGCUCAAAAGCGACCAUUUAAUGAAGGCAAGCGACACUUCAAAAAGAGCAAGAAGCAAAAAACUAGCACGGUCGCUGAAGGCUCGAAUGAGGAAGUGUUGCUAGCGGAUAUCCAGAAUCUCCUCCAGGAUGUGAGCGUAUCAGAAGAAGCAAAGGAGAAGGCGCGACGGCAGAAUGAAGAGCACGCCGAAAUCGACGUGACCAUCAAGGCGCUCUCGUCCACAGGCGACGGGCUGGCAGAACAGGAUGGUCAAGUAUAUGUUGUCCCGUUUUCCGCUCCGGGAGAUGUUGUCACUGCGCGAGUAUACAAGCAUUUUGCAGAACAGUCCUACUCUCUCGCAGACUUUGUCAAGCGCGUCUCGAAAGGUCCCACGAGUACUGCAGACCCGCAAUGUCCCUACUUCACCAAAUGUUCAGGUUGUCAGUUUCAGCAUAUGCCCUACGAAGCGCAGCUCGCGCACAAGAGGACGAUUGUCGAGAAGGCGUUUCGCAACUUCUCCAAUUUGCCGGCGUCCUCGCUGCCGACGGUGGGAGACACGAUCGGCUCGCCGCUGCAAUAUGGCUAUCGCACAAAGUUGACGCCGCACUUUGAUGGCCCGCCAGGAGGGAGGAGGGAUAAGAGACAUGGCAAGCAGGUGACAUGGCCAGGAGUGCCGCCGAUCGGCUUCAUGCUGAAAGGCACUCGCAAGACGAUGGAUAUUGAAGAUUGUCCGAUCGGCACGGAAGCUGUGAGGAUGGGCAUGAAGCGUGAGAGGGUGCGCGUAGCGGCAGACAUUGACAAGUAUCAGAAGGGUGCGACAUUGCUGUUGCGCGAAAGCACAAAGCGAGAGAACAAAGCGGAUAACACGAUCGAAGUCAGUACGGAAGGCGAUGGCGAGGAGGAGGUCGUGGAGGACAGAGGGACGCAUAUCCAUCGCAAGGUCUGCAUUACAGACCACAAAGCGACAUCGACAGAGUAUGUGGAUGACUACCGCUUCGACAACCCUGCAGGCGCAUUCUUCCAGAACAACAACUCGAUCUUACCGGUCGUCACGCAAUAUAUCCGCGAUCAGAUUCUGGGCACCACAGAUGGCGACGACGCAUCGAAGAAGCCGACCAUCAAGCAUAUGGUGGAUGCGUACUGUGGGUCCGGCUUCUUCACCAUCAACUUGUCGAGUAUGUUCCGGCAGAGCAUCGGCAUUGACGUCUCGGCGCAAUCCAUCGAAUUUGCAAGUAAGAAUGCCAAACUCAACAACCUGCCGGAAGAUGCCACACAUUUCAUCGCCGCCGACGCCAACAAGCUGUUCGAGUCGCUCGACACGAAGAAGUUCCCGCCCGAGGAGACGGUGGUGGUGAUUGAUCCGUCGAGAAAAGGGUGCGACGAGGGCUUCAUCAGCCAGUUGCUGCAAUAUGGACCAGCACGAGUGUGCUACGUAUCAUGCAACGUGCACACACAAGCACGAGACAUUGGCUGGUUGGUCGGAGGACUGCCGGGCGACGCAGGCGAGGGGCCUCGGCAUGAGGGUCUGUAUGAGAUUGAGAGCCUGCGAGGAUUCGACUUUUUCCCACAAACCAGCCACGUCGAAGGGGUCGCGAUCUUGCGGAAGAAGAGAGUUUCGAUGGCGGCCUGACGUCUGAUGAACACACCAGGAUAUGUGUGGUAUGAAGGAGUGAGGCACUAAUGAAUGUACUUUGGGCACCACGUGUAGUAGAGUAGUAAGCAUUGGGCGUCGAUCAGUGGCUCAGCAGGCGCGCGAAAGCAGGAUCAGUGGUGACUGUAUGUGUUUUGUCAUUCUGAUGAGAAGCAUCAUACAGCUUGGGCGCUUCAUAACACAUGCAGUAUCUUGCUCUGUCUCGCGCACAAUGGGCGGGCCACGUCAUACAUGGUGUACUG